CGAAUUGGCACAUUGUCCACAGUGAGGAAACAGUUGAUCAAGCAACAUGUUGAAGUUAAUUAUUUUUUUGACUGCAGUGGCAGUUUGCUACGGACAGUGGCAGAACAUUAGAGUAACAUAUACCCUGUUCACACGGAAUAACCAGAACAUUGGUGAGAGUAUGAUGGAAUUGAUACCAGACAAUUUCAGUCCAACACAAAAUACAAUAUUCCUAAUACACGGCUAUGCGGGUAAUACGGUGUCUAGGUUCAAUCAAUUAGUCCGGGAGAGUAUUUUCCGCAACAAUUCAAACCACUAUAACGUUAUUGUGGUUGACUGGACACAAGAGGCGACUUUUAGUUAUACACAUGCAAGGAAUAAUGUACCCAAUGUUGCUAGGAACUUAGUCAGUUUUAUACAAAGGCUAACAACUACGGCCGGUUUUUGGAAAUUAAAAUCCGGUACUCAUAUUUCUUAUGAUAUAACAUCAACAACACAAGUACCAACAGCAGAACCCACAACAACACAACCACCAACAGCAGAACCCACAACAACACAACCACCAACAGCAGAACCCACAACAACACAACCACCAACACCAGAACCCACAACAACACAACCACCAACAGCAGAACCCACAACAACACAACCACCAACACCAGAACCCACAACAACACCACCACCAACAGCAGAACCCACAACAACACCACCACCAACAGCAGAACCCACAACAACACAACCACCAACAGCAGAACCCACAACAACACCACCACCAACACCAGAACCCACAACAACACAACCAUCAACACCAGAACCCACAACAACACCACCACCAACACCAGAACCCACAACAACACCACAACCACCAACAGCAGAACCCACAACAACACCACCACCAACAGCAGAACCCACAACAACACAACCACCAACAGCAGAACCCACAACAACACCACCACCAACACCAGAACCCACAACAACACCACCACCAACACCAGAACCCACAACAACACAACCACCAACAGCAGAACCCACAACAACACCACCACCAACAGCAGAACCCACAACAACACAAGCAUCAACACCAGAACCCACAACAACACAACCACCAACACCAGAACCCACAACAACACAACCACCAACACCAGAACCCACAACAACACAACCACCAACACCAGAACCCACAACAACACAACCACCAACAGCAGAACCCACAACAACACAAGCAACAACAACAGAAUCUACAACAACACAAGCACCAACACCAGCACCCACAACAACACAAGCAUCAACAGCAGAAUCUACAACAACACAAGCAACGACACUAGAAGCAAUUGUAUCAGAGGAAUUUGUUGUACCAAAUGAUGAAGCAAAUGUAGAAGAUUUUCAUUUGGUUGGAUUUGACCUUGGAGCACACGUUGCUGGUAUAGCUGGAAGGCUUCUUCGAGAACAAUCUCAAUUCGUUGGUAGAAUCACCGGCUUGAACCCGUCAGGACGUCAAUGGGGCGCAGGUUCCGAGCGCUUGAGACGAGGCGAUGCCAAAUACGUUGAAGUAAUUCAUACGGAUACUUUGGGUGUAUUGGCCAAUGGUAUCGGAGAUCCUAUUGGUGACGUAAACUUUUACGCCAAUGGGGGAAAUAAUCAACCAGGCUGCGUCACACACUCUUGUUGCCAUGAUCGUUCUUUCGAGUUGUUCGCUGCAUCAAUGACCAACCCCAAUCUAAAAGGACGUGCAUGUGCAACUAGUACACAGAUGAGCCUUAAGUUUUAUUAA